AUGGACGCUAUACAGCAUGUGCCGAAUGAUACGAAGCCUGCCGAACUAUCCAGUUAUGAUAUUAAUGACCAUAUGAUGGAGGAAAAUGAUGUGGAAACCCAAAUAGGCGCCCUAGCGGCAGGACAGGCUCAAGGCGAAGAAGAUGUGGGAAUGGAGAUUACCGAUACAGCUACAAGUCAUAAUGAUGAAUCAGUGUUCCAUGGAGUACCGUCUAUCGAAGAAGCAGAUAUUAUAAAUACAAAUUUCGAGAGUCAGCCCAAUGAGGAGCAGCAAGUACAAGGAAUACAAGAAGAACAUGUGGAUGAUGCACCAAGUUUGGAAUUACCAGAUAAUAUAGACCACGAAGAUUUAUCCAGGCUUCUUGAGCUGGAUACAAAACAAGGUGGUGAGAUAUUUGACGCAGAUGAGAUUUUAGAGCAUGCGAUGAGGGGAGAAGCAGAAGUAUCAUCAGGAAGUGAAACAGGAGAUGAAGAUGAGGAGGACAAGAAUGAAAGUGGGAAAGAUGAAGACAAUGAGGACGAAGAUGAUGAUGAGGACGACGACGAUGAUGAUGAUGAUGACGAUGAAGAAGAAGAGGAUAGUGAAGAAGAUGGGAAUGAUAAAGGUCAUGCAGGGAACGAAGCGAGUCAGCAAAUUACAGAAGCACCGAGCAGGGAUGGACGACUGGCGAGGAGUAACUCGGUUGAAAAAGAUGCAACUGUAUCCCCCAAGGUGGCAGCCUCGGAUGCAGAAGACAUAAGGACUAGCUCAGUAGCCGCCAUACCCGGUGAAUCUUCAGGUUCGUCUUUAAAGGCACAGCGGCUCUUCAAACAUGAAGAUGAGCAUUCGCCUGCUGCUAUUUUACAAGAGAGAGGUGAUCUUAUGAGGCGUAAGCGUCACGAUUCUUUGACACCCGUGAUGUUUCAACAACACGAGAUUUUAAUGUCACAGAUGCAAGGCCAAAAUAGCAUCGAUGAAGAUGGGGUUCAAGGCCAACAAGGUGAAAAUGGUAUCUCUCUCCCAGACGAACAACCGACUAUUUCUGCAUACGCUAGGUUAGAUUUCCAAAGCUUUACAUUCUACGUUCAAACUCUGCAUGUUAUUAUUGGAAGAAGAUCGGAAAACGAUUUUUCUCAUAAAGUUGAUGUUAAUUUAAGUCCAUCGAAAUCCAUCUCUCGAAGACACGCUCAAAUUUUUUAUAAUUUUGGGACUGGAAGAUUCGAGUUAUCUAUCAUUGGUAAAAAUGGUGCCUUUGUUGAUGACAUUUUUGUGGAAAGGGGUAAUACGGUACCUUUAAGGAAUAAGACAAAGAUUCAAAUUGGUCAGAUACCCUUUCAAUUCGUCUUGCCUGAUCAAGAGAAAGGUGAGCAACCACAGAAGAGUCCUGAACCUCCUCUCUCUGCUGGUCCGGAAGAGUUGGAUUCUAAGGUCAAAGAAGAAAAUGAAUCCAAAAAAUUACUCGAAGAGAUUAAGACAGCAUCUCCUGUGGUUUCAGAUACUAACAUAACUUUGGAAAACGAUCCUGCUAUUGCUGCUGCACAUGCCGAGAUUACUCACCCAAAGCCUAUUCCUGCGAAACCAACACUGCCGCCUCAACCUCAACCUCAACCUCAACCUCAACCCUCUACAGUCAAGCGGGAAAGAGAGAGGAGACCGCCCAAGGUUCCAAAAAAGGUCUAUUCCCUGGAAGAGAUUCCACCAGAAUACCGGACGAAACCUACUUGUUCUUACUCUGCUCUAUUAACUGAAUGCAUAAGAAAAUAUUCUAGCCCCAAAGGUAUGUCAUUAUCAGAGAUUUAUGCUGGGAUUAGAGAACUGUUUCCAUAUUACAAAUACUGCCCGGAUGGUUGGCAAAGCUCAGUGAGACACAAUUUGUCUCUCAAUAAAUCUUUCCGAAAAGUUUCCAAGGAAGGUAAAGGUUGGCUAUGGGGGCUUGAUGAGGAUUAUAUCGCCGAAAGAGAACGUCAAAAGAAAAAGCAGGCUGAAAUAGCCGCUGCUAAGGCCGCUGCUGCACAGGAAAGACUCGAGCAACAACAGCAACAAAGAGCUAGAAAGGCCGCCUCUGGGUCAUCCAGUUCUGGUGGCAGGUACGAUGGAAAGAGUAACGGUAGACAGCAAAGCAUAUCUCAAACUUUGGCGGCUAAUAGAGCAACGGAUAAAAAAUCAAGUAUGAACGACCAUCAAAGAACAAUGAAAUACUUGCAGGAACAACUAAUUAUCCUAACUAAAAACAGAAAGGGCCUUUCGAAUCAAACUAUUGCCAGCAUUUUGACACAGGCAUUGGCUAUGACAAUCAAUCAAGUCACACAGGCAGCUAAGAAUAAGGGUAUAAGUGGUAAUCCAUUGACAGCGCUAAUGGAUAAAAAUCCACAACAUUUGAAUUUGAUUCUAGCUGCUGCUGUGAAUGCAGCAACUUCCAAAGCCACAAAUGGUAAAGUUAAACAAUUGGUUAACAUGCCAUCAUCUUCAGAAAAUUCAAAUACACAAAUAAAAACCCAAACUCCAUCAAGCCAGACGACAAAGCCAAGUUAUUCUAGUGCGACUAACUCAAAUAAAACUAAUACAUCGGCAAAAGGGUCAAGUUCUUUUGAUCCUACAUCGUUAUCAAGGUUUUUCCAACCAAGGCAGCCAACAAGGGUAUCUCCACCUUCAUCAUCAUCUUCGAAACCGACCAUUCCUCAAAAGCGGACUCACGAUCAAGAUGGUGAUGAAUCGAGUACUUCUGAUGAUUCUCCAGAUAGUGACGAUGAGGAGGAGAAUACUGAUGAUGGCAAUAAAGGUUCUGGAAAAGAUGAUGACGAUGACGACGAUGACGACGAUGAUGACAGCAAUUCUAGCGCUUCAUCUGGUGACGAUGAUGAUGAUAAUCAUAAUAAUGGUAAAGACGAUAAGAAGAGUUCGAAUGAAACAGCGUCUAACAGAGGUGAGGAGAUUUCGAAUGUUUUGGGUGCUGGAAGUAAUACAGAUACUAAUGAUAGUCAGGUGUAA